GAGUGGGUCGUUUCCAGGCUGCGAUUGAAAGGUAACGAGACAUAUUUGAAAUAGGUCGACUGUAUAAAAAAGUCAGAUAUUUAUUAAAGAUCGCGGGGACGAGAAGUUAAACAUGGAUCUAGUUGUUUUAUUCCUUGUAGCUUUUACAGCAUACACAUCUGCCUUACAACAGACUGACGUAGACUACAUUGGUGCAAAUCUCGGUGUAGAAAUCUCAGUUCACGAUAACACAAAAUAUGACGGAACAAAACAUAGAUUCAGCCUCACUCUCACUAAUACCGGAAGUGAGGUAAUCAGACCAGACAAUUGGUCCAUUUACUUUUACAGUUUCUUUAGGAUUGAACCUGAUCACCUCCCUUCUGCGGAAGGAUACAUAUCCUCUAACUAUAAAGUGAAAUUUAAACAAAUAAAAGGUUGUUUGUUUAGCAUGACCCCGAUGCCAGAUUUUCCCAAUAUUUCUCCAAAUGGAUCUCAUUUUAUUGAGUUUUUCGGGCAGUGGUGGACAGUGUCCAGAACGGAUGUUCCCCCAAAUUGGUACGUGGCCGGGCCAAACCUGAAACCCGCCAACAUCAAAUCAACUGCUACAGGGAAGAAAUUUGUGACAAAUUACGAAACUAUCGGUCAGUGGAAACGAUAUCGAGUUGAUCAGUUUAACCCUUUCACACCACAGGAUCGUUAUAGAAGGCAGAAAGUUCGUAAUUUUAAUACUCAUGCAAAACUGAUUAUUCCUACUCCUAAAUAUAUUGAAGUUCUAUCCCAGAAGUCUUUGCGUGUGAGUGAAAUGACGGCAGUAUGCACACAGGCUGUUUCAGAAAGUUGCAUACUUUUAAAAGAAAAACUAGGAUUGAACACAAAUAUAGAUAACAAUACAUCUAACGACCAACACCGAAACAGAAUUAGAAUCUACAAAAAUUCAUCCAUCGGUGGAAAUCCGGGCUUUUAUAGAUUACAGACUGAUACAGAAAAAUCGACAGUUACACUGGUAGGAACUACCCCCACAGCUGUGCAUUAUGGGAUACAGUCGAUUCUUAGUUUGGUGGCAGGAUCACAUGACAAAAAUAGUAUACCGGAUGUAUCAAUUGAAGACGAGCCUCGUUUUCAACAUCGAGGUAUGCACGUGGAUGUGUCACGGAACUUCAGGACGAAAAAGGAUAUUGUACGGUUAAUGGAUGCCAUGUCAAUGUACAAGAUGAAUAAAUUACAUCUACAUUUGUCGGACGAUGAAGGUUGGAGGAUAGAAAUUCCAGGUCUCCCUGAAUUAACGGAGGUUGGAGGAAAACGUUGUCAUGAUCUGGAGGAGACGAAAUGUAUAAUUCCUCAGCUUGGUUCCGGUGGUGAUGACACCACUUCCGGUUCCGGAUAUUUCAAUGUUUCCGAAUUUCAAGACAUUCUAAGGGAGGCCACCAAACGUCACAUCGAUGUCAUUCCGGAAAUAGAUAUGCCAGGGCAUUUCCAUGCCGGAAUCAAAGCUAUGGAGGCAAGAUAUAAAAAAUAUGAGAAAACAAACCCAGAGCUCGCGAACCAAUAUCGACUUAUCGAUCCAAACGAUACGAGUAAAUAUGAAUCCGUCCAAAUGUUUAACGACAAUGCAAUAAAUCCCUGUAUAGAGUCAACCUACACCUUCGUAGAGAAAGUCGUAUCGGAAAUUCAAAAGAUGUAUAUAGGGUACCAAUUGCAACCAUUAAAGUUUUUCCACUUUGGUGGAGAUGAAACGGCAAAAGAUUCCAAUGUUAAUUCGAGCGCAUGCCAAGAAAUGGCCAAUCAAAAUUCGUAUUAUGAGGAACCUCAUCAUCUUAAGGAAUAUUUUGUGAAGCGGGUUGCCAAUAUAACAAAUAGCUUAGGACUUGAUCUGGCUGGUUGGGAAGACGGACUCAUGGGAGAUAAUGGUGCUCCUAUUAAUAGAAAAUCAAUACCUAAUUCCGAAGUAUACGCAAAUGGCUGGCAGAAUAUUUGGGAAUGGGGAAUAGGAAAAAGAGCAUACGUCCUAGCUAAUAAUGGGUAUAAGGUUGUGAUGUCCCAUGCAACUCAUUUCUUUUUUGAUCAACCACAAGAACCGGAUCCGGAAGAGAGCGGUCUUUACUGGGCCACGCGCUACACCGACGCCAUGAAGACUUUUCACUUCCUGCCGGAUAGACUUUACGACAAUAUUCAAAUUAAACGUUCUGGAGAGACUAUAACUAAGGCAGAAGUGUGCGGAGAGAAUAACAAAGAUUGUCCCCCGUUACAGCAUAAAGAAAAUAUAAUAGGUCUACAGGGCCAGUCUUGGGGUGAAACAUUCAUGACUCCGGAAGUUUUCAACUACAUGAUAUUUCCUAGACUUCUCUCAUUGGCUGAGCGUGCUUGGCACAAAGCAUCAUGGGAAGAUUUAGAUAACCCAGAAAAAGAUAUUGUAGCAGCAGAGGAUUGGGAGGAAUUUGCAAACACAAUUGGUCACAGGGAAUUAGACAGACUUGAGAAGCUCGGCAUCCGUUAUAGAAUAGCGCCGCCUGGUGCCAUAGUAGAAAAGGGAUUUCUCAAAGUGAGUACAGAGUUCCCAGGUCACGUGGUGCAGUAUAGCAAAGAUAAUGGUACUUCCUGGACUGACGUCCCGACUGAAUGGUUUAUUAAGGACAAUAGCCCCCUUUUAAUGAGAACAAGUACAAAGGAUAAAACAAGGUUUAGCAGGGAAGUCACUUUCUAUCCAGUGGAACCUCUUCCAAUAUCUGACCAACAUCUCGUAGACUACAUUGCUGGUAACUUGGAUAUUCGAUAUGACGUCAUCAGUAAUCUUGUCAAUGACUGGCAAAAUUUUACCGCCAAAAUAACAAUGAAGAACAUGGGAACUCGGGAUCUUUCCCUGGGAAACUGGGAAAUAUACUUCUUUUCAAUACGUCUCAUACAACCAAAUGAUUUUCCUUACCAACAUGGCUACUUACUGGAGGAUUGUAAUAUGAGACUUUAUCAUGUCGGGGGUAGUUUAUUUAAACUCACUCCAGUCGGGCGCCAGUUUUCAUUGAAAUCCAAAAACAGCUUAGCGUGUACAAUCAUCGCCAAGUAUUGGCAAUCAGCCAGAACGGAUUGUAUGCCGAACUGGUACGUCACCGCUGAGGGCAUGCAGGGAAAGGAUAUUAAGGCAACUCAAAACGAGGCUUUGACCUAUGUUGGACCUUUUGAUAGACCUGCGCAGUAUCGUCGAUAUCCAGAGGAUACCUAUCAUCCAUACACGCCAGAAGAGAGAUACGACAUGAAUGAAGCUAUGACAGUCUCUGGAAUGCCUGCGAAACAUAUUAUACCAACUCCAGCAAAUAUUAUUCUAGAAGAUAGUUCAGUGAACGUUGAUUCAUCAUGGGUUAUACUUAAUUCUACAAAGUAUAGUAAAGAAAUCAAGUUAAUUUCUCAUCUCUUGAAUAUCAGAAUUGAAAAUACGAAACCCUCGUCUAAGUACAUAGAAGUAGAAACAGUAGACAAUUUAAAUUUGCUCGACAACAAUGAAACACAUGAUGAAGCAUAUUGGAUAAUUAUAGACGAUUCAGUUAUCACUAUUUCCGUAAGAACUACAACAGGGCUAUUCUAUGCCUACCAAUCACUGCGAAGCUUAGCUAAUGGAGGAACUAUACUUCCGGUCUGCGUCAUCAAUGAUCAGCCUCGUUUUCAAUACAGAGGAAUGCAUGUCGAUGUGGGACGAAAUUUUCAUUCAAAACAGGAGAUCCUAAAAAUCCUUGACGCCAUGGCUAUUUAUAAGUUAAACAAGUUUCACUUUCAUUUGACUGAGGACGAAGGGUGGAGACUUGAGAUCCCUGGUCUCCCUGAACUUACUGAGAUAGGUUCCAAAAGAUGUCAUGAUUUGUCAGAAGACGAAUGCAUACUUCCUCAGUUAGGAUCCGGGUCAGCAAAAGACGGACUCGGUUCUGGAUUUUACACUGUGGAUGACUACAAAGAAAUAUUACGUUUUGCCAACGACCGCCAUAUUGAAGUCAUUCCGGAAAUCGAUAUGCCAGGACACUGUCGUGCGGGAGUCAAAGCGAUGGAGGCACGGUUCCGGAAGUACAUGAAAUUUGGAAACGAGACUGCAGCAAAGGAAUACCUUAUGACGGAUUUCGCUGACACAUCUCAAUACCUCUCCGUGCAGAUGUUCACAGAUAAUGCCAUUAACCUUUGCAUGAAUUCAACGACUGCAUUCAUUACUUACAUUAUUCGAGCAUUAAAAACUUUACACCAAGACAUUCAACCGUUGAAGAUGUAUCAUUUUGGAGGUGACGAACUAGCCGGGGCCUGGAAAGAUUCGCCAGAAUGUCGGAGAUUUAUGAAUGAUUCAGGAUUUAAGGACCUAGGGGAACUAAAGAAAUAUUUUGCUCAUCUCCUGGAUGAGCUAACUGACCGAGAGGGCCUUAACGUGGCGGCCUGGGGAGAUGGUUUGAAGGAGGGGCUCAAACCAUAUGAUUUAUCCGAAUUCCCAAGUAAAAGAGAUAUAACAGCUUAUAAUUGGGAGAACGUCUGGGAGUGGGGACAGGGGGAUAAAGCUUAUAAACUGGCUAAUGCUGGAUAUAAGGUUGUGCUCGGGCACGCAACCCACCUUUAUUUUGACCAUCCAUACGAGCCCGAUCCCGAGGAAAGAGGCUUUUACUGGGCCACGAGAUUUACCGACACUCGGAAAACCUUUGGCUUUGUCCCCAGCAACAUAUAUUAUAAUGCCGAUAAAGCUGGUAACGGAAAACCUCUCACUACCGAUCAAAUAUGUACAAACAAUGGCACCUGUCUACAGCUUGAAAAACCAGAAAAUAUCAUUGGUAUUCAAGGCCAUGUGUGGACAGAGACAAUUCGGACGGCUGAUGAACUACAAGAAAUGGUAUUUCCCCGCCUUAUAGCCCUAGCUGAGAGAGCGUGGUACAAAUCCACAUGGGAAGAUAUUGAAAAUAAAGAGGAGCGGAUCAAAAGGACAAAUGAGGAUUGGACUUCGUUUGCCAAGGCAUUAAGAAAUAAAGAAUUGGCCCGCCUAGAAAAAAUUGGAAUCAAUUACCGAGUAUCUGUUCCUGGAGGAAGUUUAAUUAAUGGAAAGCUAAAUGUAAAUACAAACCUUCCCGGUCUAACGGUUCAGUAUAGUACUGAUAACAAACGGACGUGGAAUGAGAUACCUGUUGGUAAAGAGGUAGCAGGCAUGCCUAAUGGAAAGGACGUAUAUUUAAGAACAAGGUCGAUGAACGGAAAUCGGUACAGUAGAAUCGUGUCAUUCAGAACACCAGUUAUAACAUCUGUUUCAACGAAGAAAGUCCCAUCUAUCCAAUCUACUCUACUAAUAAUAUUUAUUGUUACUUUAUACUUUAGCUGACAUAAUGAGAAAAUAUAUUUGAAAUAGUUUUAUUUUAGUUUUUGAAUGAAUAUAAUACAAUCUAACACAACAAAAAUUACUAAUCCCAUGUCAUCUUUUUAAUGUAAAUGAUUUGGAAUGCACUUUAUUAUUUUGAUUGCUCUGUGUAUGAAAGUACACGGUGAAUGAGGUAAAUAAUUACUUCUUAAGUAUGGACUAUAACUAUAAAUGAACCUUUAUAAAGGGAUAAUUAACACAAUUUUUUUCAGAUUGGACAAUAUUUCUCACUGAUAAGUA